CCAGGCCCAUAAGAGAUGGGGACUAAGCUCCAAAGAGAAGCCUCCAGCACCAGCCUGGGGAUGGAGCUGCAGUGGCCAGAACCAGGAGGCUGGAACCACCUCGCCUCACUCCAGCCCAGCCCAGCCCAGCCCAGCCUUGAAAGGGCCGAAUCCUGUGAUUGGUCCACGGGUUCCCAUUGCCAGGAAUUAAGGCCAAGAAAAUGGGAAGGAAGGAAGGGAGUACGUAGGUCCAGUGAGAACAGGGGUGAAAUUUGUAUCUCUGCCCAGGACGGGGUGCCUGCACUGCCAUGGACACCACCAGGGCCCUGGGGACGCUGGGUGCACUGGAGCAGGAGACCCCUCUUCUUGGCUCUGGCUGUCCUGGUCGCCACAGUCCUCUGGGCUGUGAUUCUGAGUAUCCUAUUGUCCAGUGCCUCCACGGAGCGCGCGGCGCUGCUUGACGGCCAGGACCUGCUGAGGACAAACGCCUCGAAGCAGACGGCGGCGCUGGGUGCCCUGAAGGAGGAGGUCGGAGACUGCCACAGCUGCUGCUCGGGGACGCAGGCGCAGCUGCAGACCACGCGCGCGGAGCUUGGGGAGGCGCAGGCGAAGCUGAUGGAGCAGGAGAGCGCCCUGCAGGAACUGCGUGAGCGCGUGACCCAGGGCUUGGCUGAAGCCGGCAGGGACCGUGAGGACGUCCGCACUGAGCUGUUUCGGGCGCUGGAGGCCGUGAGGCUCCAGAACAGUGAGGGAGACGGGGGGGGGUUGGGGGCGGGCUGUGAGGGCGUAAGUGGACCCUGUCCCUCCUGGACCUUGGCCUGGUUCUGUGUCUCCACCCCUGAGCCCGCGGGGCCGAACCCCUACCCACUGCAUCCUCUCGGUGCGUUCCCUCUGGAAGCACGCGACCUCUCUGACCCUCGCCACCCCGCAGACUCCUGCGAGCCGUGCCCCACGUCGUGGCUGUCCUUCGAGGGCUCCUGCUACUUUUUCUCUGUGCCAAAGACGACGUGGGCGGCGGCUCAGGGUCACUGCGCGGAUGCCAGCGCGCACCUGGUGAUCGUUGGGGGCCUGGAUGAGCAGGGCUUCCUCACUCGGAACACGCGUGGCCGUGGUUACUGGCUGGGCCUGAGGGCUGUGCGCCAUCUGGGCAAGGUUCAGGGCUACCAGUGGGUGGACGGAGUCUCUCUCAGCUUCAGCCACUGGAACCAGGGAGAGCCCAAUGACGCUUGGGGGCGCGAGAACUGUGUCAUGAUGCUGCACACGGGGCUGUGGAACGACGCACCGUGUGACAGCGAGAAGGACGGCUGGAUCUGUGAGAAAAGGCGCAACUGUUGACCCCGCCCAGUGCCCCGGAGCCGCUCCCACUGCAGCACGUGGUACCCUGGGGGCUGCUCUCCUCCCGGGCUCCUGGAGCUGAUUGCAAAAGAGUUCUUUCUUCCUCAUCCACCACUACUGAGUCUCAGAAACACUCGGCCCAACAUAGAUAGCCCUGUCCAGUCCAGUGCCUGGGCUCUGGGACCUCCAUGCCAACCUCAUCCUAACUCCACUCACGCAGACCCAACCUAACCUCCACUAGCUCCAAAAUCCCUGCUCCUCCAUCCCCGUGAUAUGCCUCCACUUCUCUCCCUAACCAAGGUUAGGUGACUGAGGACUGGAGCUGUUUGGUUUUCUCGCAUUUUCCACCAAACUGGAAGCUGUUUUUGCAGCCUGAGGAAGCAUCAAUAAAUAUUUGAGAAACGAAUCCAGGA